UUAUUUGAGGUCUUUUAUCUUAAGUCCUGUAAAUCUGUGAGUAUUUUUGAAAGUCUUCUCUCUGAAAAUAUAAGUAUAUAUACAACAAUGACAUCUAAUGCUGUGGAGAGAAGUUGGAAAACUUACUGUCCUAAAGAGAGUCCUAGUCUACCUUUAGAUUAUUGGAUAUGUUUGGGAGACCUCUACAACAUAUAUUGGAUGGUGUGGGCUCCGAAAAUUCGGCCCCGGCCUCCGCCUUCUUUUCUUUUUAUUCGGUGGGUGGGCAAUGACAUUCAUAAUUUGAGAACCGAAACUCUAAGGCAGCAGUACAAACUAAUAAGAACAAGGACAUCCGUACAUAAUACGUAUAACAAAGGUUCUCAUGUCAUACAAUAUGGUGAGCUUGGUAUCAACGAGGAAAACGUUUUCAUGUACAUUGGCGCAAAUCCGAACAAUGACAACUCUACUUUCAUUGAGGAUAACUCUCUUUCGUUUACACCAAGUGUUGUGAACCAACGUGAUGCAGACCUCAUUUAUUAUUUGCAUAAGGUAGGCAUAUGGUAUGGAUACCGUUUCUUCUAUACAACUAAGAUAAAUCACCUUUUAUUUUUUGUGAUAGUUUUAUAAUUCACCUGAAAGGCUGAAAGAUCGUCCAAAAAAUGUGAUGCACAAAAAGAACUGCUUGAUAUAAUGACCAAUUGCAUGCAUGUGGAUAAUAGUAUAAAUCUCAUAGGAAAAAUUAUCUUUGGAUCAGAGAAAGGCAUACAAGUCCUUAGUGCAGUUCUAAAGACAGGCAGACUCUGGUCGACGACUGGGCCUGCCUCAAUGAUGCAUUCAUAUUUUGGAUAUUUAUGUUUUGAUGUAAUUUGAACAAUAUUUAGUUGUGUUUUAUGUUUUUUUUAUUUAUUAUCCAAUGAUGAAAAGCAUCCAAUGAUCAUGGUAGGAAGUGCUUGGGCAUGGCAUGACUUAGGUUUGCUAGCAUUUUGGGUCCUUUGUUCUUUGGGUUGUUUACUGUUUCAAGGUUUGAGCCAUGGCUACUCUCGGGUUGGGCUUUGGCUGCUCUGGUUUUGAGCUGAAAUAUUGUGAACUUCUUUGUGCUAGCUCAUUAAUGAUUGAGCUGAAGUUUAAUUUAUUAUUAGAGGAGUAAUUGCACUUUCUAGCUCAUAAAUUUGAAAAUGUAUUUGAAGUAGAGCUUGUUUCUUCCACUUCUUAUAUCUCCCUGGAUUCUUCUUUGUGUUGUACCCGUGAUAUGCCUGCUGGGUGCUUGUGUAGGCUUUUCGGUUUCUUCCCCUGGCUGUUUUCUUGAGCAUCCUCCAGCCCAUUUCUGGUGCUGGCUAUUCGGGUCCCUCCCUAGCUGUGUUCCCAUGGCUUAUCCUUCCUGUUUUUCGUGCAGCUUUUUGGGAGCUAUUUGUGGUGUCUUUUACCCUUCUUCUUCCUCUUACCUGAUUGGUUUGGUUGAAGGUCCAAUGUUGGUUGUUUGGUUUUCCUUUUGUGCCUAUAUAUAUGAGAAGAUUUGGUUUUGGAAAGGUUGUUGAUUAACUUAAAAGAAGUUAAAAACCUGAGGGCUUCUUCUCUUGGAAAAGCUUGAGAACUUAUUCCACCUCUUCCUCCUCUCUAUUUCGUCUUAGCUUCUAACCUCUUCUUCUCUACGCAAGUUCCACUCCACUUGUAACCUUCUUCUUGAGCUUUUGGAAAUUGUUUGUUGGUUGAUUUUGGAAGACAUUUGUAGGAGAGUUUGGUUGGACGUUGGACCCUUUUGCCGUGGUGAACCCUCGGUUUGCAAGCCUAAGCACUUUUUCAUAUAUUUCCAACUUCUCGUUGCAUGUGAUGAAAUUGCUUGCCGGUUGUUCUGAGGAUAGUAGUUUUAUGUUAUAAUUUUGUUUCGUUUGUUUCGACUUUUUGUUGGCUUUGAUGUUUUGUUUGGAUGUUUGCUUAUUAGAUUGAAUAGAGUUUGGUUUUUAAUUUGUCCUAGUGUUCUCCUACUUGUCUCUUCUUUCUAGUUUUGCCUGCAUCACUCAAAUCAAUGAUAAGUUUUUUGAACUUCUAUUUAAAAUUUUCCUCUCAAAAUUUAGUGGCUUCAUUUAAGUAUGAUUUGCAUUUCGUUUUGUGUGUUGCAAAUAUGGAUUCAAGAAUUAUAAUUUUGAUGAUAAUAAACACUUUUAGCAUUCAUGUUUCCUUACUACCGUUACUACUACACAUCUAUUUUGCUUAUCCUAUUACUAAUCUUUCUGCUCCACAAGAUCAAUUAUAAUUCAAGCCAGCUUAAGAUUGGAUAGAUUAGGACUAAGUCAGUAUGUAAGUGUAAUCCCAAUGGUUUUUAUUUUUCUAGAGUCAAAUAUAAUAAUGUGGAUUCAGAUGCUAAUUAACCUUGCACAAAUACAUUCAGGGGAAGAAAUUCUGUAAGUUUUAGAGUUUUUUAUUUUUGAUCAUACCAUACGGAACGAUCUAAAAUCCUCUUAGACGAUAGGAUAAAAAUAGAAAUCCUAAUUAGGGCAUCUGUGUUAAGAUAGCUGAAUUAAGAACAUCGUCUUAAACGAUAUUCACAUCUUUCAUUUUCUUUACUGUGAUAUUUAUUCAAUGAUAUAUGUUUAAGAUAAUAAUUGUCAUAUCGAUUAUAGUGAAACUUGUAUUUGAAUAUGAGAAAUUGCUUGAUAAAAAACAUUUCAACCAAACUGCAAGUUAAGACUAUGAAGACUAUUUGAAGUGAUUAAUAUAAUUUUGUUCUACUUUAUUUUAUCUAAUUAAUGUCAUUUCUUCCCAUCUUUUUUAUGUUAUAAUUUGUUUGCAUCACUAAUUAUCUACAAAAUUAGUUCUAUUUUGACGGAACGUGAUAAUUUGAAUCUAUUUUUCCUAUCACAAGUGAGAAAAUAUCUAUUUAUAUUUAAUCUUGCUAUUGUUUCUGUUCAUUUAGACUGAUAAAUGUUAUGCCUAUAAAAUCAUAAAAAUGGUGCUUUGAAGAAUAAAAAUAUCAUUGUUUUCAUGUAUAAUGAUAUUACAUACAAUAAGAAAAACCUCAGACAAUUGAUUAUAAUUAACCAUCCUGAUAAGGGUGAUGUGUACGUUGGAGUUCCCAAGGUUUGUUUUUGAUGGGACUUGACAGUACCAUGAUUUUUUCUGGUAAUUUAUCUAUGUUUUCUAACAUCUUGCAUAAAAUUAUCUGCACUAUUAUAUAGGAGAUGAUGUUAAUGUUAAAAAAAAUUUUAUUGUUCUCCUUGGAGAUUAAAAAUUUAUAUCUGGUGGUAGUGGGAAAGUUAUUGACAGUGGACCUAACGAUCAAAUUUUUAUAUUUUAUUUAGACCAUGAUGGCCCAUGAAUUUUAUAUUAAUUUUAUCUGAAUUAAAGUCAAAAGAAUUUGCUUAUAUCCUUACAAAUUUCCAACAAGAUCAAGAAAGCAAUUUUAACUGAUGCUCAAUUUAUGUUGUUGUUUUAUUAUUAAGCAUGCCUACAUAUCUUUACCUUUAUGCGGAUCAUCUCUAUUCUAAAGAAAAAGCAUGAUUCCAAUUCCUACAAAAAAAUGGUAAUGAAUUAUCAUUUAUAAUAUGCAGUUAUGCUAAGUAAUAUUUAUAUAUAUAAGAUAAUGAUGGCCUUGCAUUUUUAUUUCAGGUCAUCUAUCGUGAGUCUUGUGAAUCUGGGAGUAUUUUUGAAGGCCUUCUCCCUGAAGAUAUAAAUAUAUAUGCAACAACGGCAUCUAAUACUAUGUAGAGAAGUUCAGGAACUUACUGUCCUGGAAAGAAUCCUAGUCCACCUUCAGAAUACUGAAUAUAUUUAGGAGACCUCUACAGCAUAUCUUGGAUAAGAGGAUGUAUCUGUCUUCCAUCCAAAAUAUGUUAUAGAGAUCUCCCAAACAUUUCCAAUAUUUUGAAGGUGGACUAGGACUCUCUCCAGGACAAUAAAUUUCCCAAUUUAUGUCCACAGCAUUAGAUAUUGUUAUUGCAUAUAUACUUAUAUCUUCAGGGAGAAGAUCAUCAAAAAUACUCUCAUAUUCACAAGACUCAAGAUUUAUGACGUGAAAUAAAAAGAUAAGACCAUCAUUAUCUUAAAUAUAAAAAUAUUACUUAAUACAGCUGCAUAUUUUAUAAAUGGCAAUUUAUUAUCACCUUUUUGUCGAAAUUAGAAUCAUGUUUUUUAUUCAGAACGGAGAUAAAAUUAUCCGUAUAAAUAUAAAGGAUAUGUAUGCAUGUCAAAUAAUAGAACAACUUAAAUUGAGCAUCAAGUUAAAAUUGUCUUUUUGAUCUGUUGAAAAUUUAUAGGGAUAUAAACAACUUCAAUUGGCUUUAAUUCAGUUAAAAUUAACGUAUAACUCCUGGGCCACCAUGGUCUAAAUAAAAUAUAAAAAUAUGAUCAUCAUAUCAACUAUCAAUAACGUUCUUACAGCCAUCAAAUAUAGAUUUUUUAUUUCUAAGGAGAACAAAAAAAUUCUUAGCAUUAACAUUAUUUCCUACAUAAUACUACAGAUAUUUUAAAGCAAGAUGUUAGAAAAUAUAUAUAAAUUACCAGAAAAAAAAUAAUAGUAUUGUCAAGUCCCAUCAAAAUAAAACCUUAGGAACUCUGACGUACACAUCACCCUCAUCUGGAUGGUUAAUUAUAAUUUCUUGUCUGUGAUUUUCCUCAUUGUAUGCAAUAUCAUCAUACAUGAAAAUAAUGAUAUUUUCAUCCUUCAAAUCACCAUUUUUUAUGAUUUGAUAAGCAUGGCACAUAUCAGCCUAGAUGAGCAGAAACAAAACAAAGAUUAAAUAUAAAUAGAUAUUAUCUCACUUGUGGUAUGAAAAAUAGAUACAAGUUAUCACUUUUUACUAAAAUAAAACUAAUUUUAUAAAGAAUUGAUUAUGCAAGCAAACCACAAUAUAAAAAAGAUGGAA